AUGGGCAUGAAACACUCCUCCCGCUGCCUGCUCCUAAGGAGGAAAAUGGCGGAGAACGCAGCUGAGAACACCGAGGUGAACAGUCUCCCCUCGCAGCCCCCCCAGCCUGUUGUCCCACCCAAACCUGUGCAAUGUGUCCACCAUGUGUCCACUCAACCCAGCUGCCCAGGACGGGGCAAGAUGUCCAAGCUGCUGAACCCGGAGGAGAUGACCUCCAGAGAUUAUUACUUCGACUCCUACGCCCACUUUGGGAUCCAUGAGGAGAUGCUGAAGGACGAGGUGCGCACGCUCACGUACCGGAACUCCAUGUACCACAACAAGCACGUGUUCAAGGACAAGGUGGUGCUGGACGUCGGCAGCGGCACCGGGAUCCUUUCCAUGUUCGCCGCCAAGGCGGGCGCCAAGAAGGUGUUUGGGAUUGAAUGCUCCAGUAUUUCUGACUACUCAGAGAAGAUCAUUAAGGCCAACCACUUGGACAACAUCAUCACCAUAUUUAAGGGUAAAGUGGAAGAGGUGGAGCUGCCUGUGGAGAAGGUCGACAUCAUCAUCAGCGAGUGGAUGGGCUACUGCCUGUUCUAUGAGUCAAUGCUCAACACGGUGAUCUUUGCCAGGGACAAGUGGCUGAAACCUGGAGGGCUUAUGUUUCCAGACCGGGCAGCUUUGUACGUGGUAGCAAUUGAAGACAGACAGUACAAGGACUUCAAAAUCCACUGGUGGGAGAAUGUCUAUGGCUUUGACAUGACCUGCAUCCGGGACGUGGCCAUGAAGGAGCCCCUGGUGGACAUCGUGGAUCCAAAGCAAGUGGUGACCAAUGCCUGUUUAAUAAAGGAAGUGGACAUUUACACGGUGAAGACGGAAGAGCUAUCGUUCACGUCUGCCUUCUGCCUGCAGAUCCAGCGCAACGACUACAUCCAUGCCCUGGUCACCUAUUUUAACAUUGAAUUUACCAAGUGCCACAAGAAAAUGGGGUUUUCCACAGCCCCUGAUGCCCCCUACACCCACUGGAAGCAGACUGUCUUCUAUCUGGAAGAUUACCUCACUGUCCGGAGGGGGGAAGAAAUCUAUGGGACCAUAUCCAUGAAGCCAAAUGCCAAAAAUGUGCGGGACCUUGAUUUCACAGUAGACUUGGAUUUUAAGGGACAGCUGUGUGAAACAUCCGUGUCUAAUAACUACAAGAUGCGCUAG